AGGAGUCGAGUGUUUCCGAGUGGUCGACAUAUUUUUGAACCGCUUCCAAAUGUUGAGCUGGAGUCGGCGAGUGCAGCAUCAUCAGCAGCAGUACAGAAGCAUCAUCUCCUGAGGAGGGCGAGUCGGGAAGUGGAGGGAGAGGAAGAGAGUCGGAGACCCACGCAGAAGCAGCUUAAGACCCCCCGCAGGACACUUCUUCUCCACCACCAUCCUCUUCUUCCAACGAGGUACGAAAGAGAAGCAGGAUGGGGACAGCCGGUGUGGUCACACUCACUUUCCUGCUUGCCACAGUUCUGUCAGUCUCUGGCAAAGUCACUGAGGUAUCCAAGACGUUGUUCCACGGCGAGGAUUUCCACAUCUUCCUGCAUAACCACAAUUUGGAGGUGACGUUUCGCAACAGGUCGGCUCCGCGCUCGCCCGUGGUGACCUUGAUGCGGCAAGGCCUGGUGGUCAACAACAGGGCCAAAAUGAACGCCCACGUCAGCUACCUGCUCAUCGACUCCGUUGGCGAAGGAGACGAGGGAUUGUACACCGUGAAGAACCCCGAGGACCCGGAGAACGUCACACAAUACACGCUUGUAGUCCGAGAUUGUGCUAACGAGCAGACCGUUAAAUACGGGGAAAACUACCGUAUUCCCCUGUUGGGUGUGACGGCCCCUAUCAGCCUGGAGUACAGGCUCAGCGCUGUGGAGGCCAACCAGACAUCCAGACCCGCCCUUGUGCUGUGGACGACCACAGGCAAGGCUAGAGAGGGCUACACGGGUCGCAUCAUCGUCAGUGACCAACAUGUGAUCCUGAAGGCAGCUACGGGCGCGGACCAGGGCAGCUACACCAUCAGGGACGCUCGCGGCGUCAUUAAGAAGAAAGUGUGUCUCCACGUCAUCGAGCACCGGAACUUUGAGACCCUGGUUCAAGGGGAAAAACUGAAGAUCAACCUGAUGCUCAACAGCUCCCUGGUGAAAUUGUACUACAUAACUGACAAAGACCCCACGCGCCGCCUACUCAUGGAUAAAGGGAAUUUUACGCAUGCUCUAACAGAGCUCGGCUUUGAGGACCGCCUGUCCAUGGAGGGUUCACAGGUCAUCUUGGAUAAGGUCAAGCCCUCCGAUAAAGGUGUUUUCGAAGUUACUGACCUUUUGGAAUACCCUGUGUCCAAAAUCCACUUGCAACUAAAACCGCACAAGCUGGAGUCUCUCUAUGUGGCCAUCAUCGCCCUGCUGGGCCUGCUAGUCCUCCUCCUGCUGGUUUGCCUGCUGUCCUGCCUGAUCAAAGUCAAGAAGAGGUCCAAGAGGUCCGCCGCCUUGGAGAAGAUUGCCCAGAAUGCUGGCAAGGAAGAGGAAGGAGAAGCCUUCAGACAGGUGGUAAAGAACAUCACUAAGCUCAGUGAGGACUCCAAGCAUUCCCAGGCAGACAACACAGAGAAAUCUCAGAGCACUGAGGUAGACAUUAAAGGUCUGGAGGUGUCCUCUAAAGAGGUCGGCAUGGGUAACCUUGACACCAGUGAUUCUGGCGUUGGCUUUAACACCGCCCUUCCGCUGGACACUGACACCGACCAAAUCCCUGACUCAGAGGCUGUGAGCAUCUCUGUUGCCCCGGAGACCAAGGCACCAGCAACUAUGGAAGUAAAACCAAUUUCAGUAGCUGAAACCAAAGCAGUCCCCGAGACCAAGAAAACCCCUGAUCAUCAGUCAGUCAACUUGGAUGUUCCCAAAUCAGCAGACGCAAAGCCUAGUCCAGCCUCCAGUCCGGAACCCAAGAAUGCUGUCAGUCCAGGUGAUCUGAAACCUGCGGCCUCCCCCAGCUUAGAAGCCAAGCCGGCUGCUCUGAAAGCCACCAGCCCCGCGGCACCAGAAUCCAAUAACAUUCCUUUUUCACCUGAUUCAGUCGAGAACUCCAUGCCGACCUCGCCAGAACCCAUCACCAAUUGCACACCCGAGCCAGGGCCGGAUCAAGCAGAUCUCAUUGGAGGUACUUCUUAAAAAAGUGAAGUGAAUCCGAGAGAAAACCAAAGUGGGGUAAAAUGAAGAUCCUACCACCACCACCACCUUAGAACUGUCCCUGCAUAUACCGUAUUUUCCGCACCAUAAGGCGCCCUGGGUUAUAAGCCGCGCCUUCAAUGAACGGCAUAUUUCAAAACUUUGUCCACCUAUAAGCCGCCCCGUGUUGUAAGCCGCAUCUAACUGCGCUAAAGGAAUGUCAAAAAAACAGUCAGAUAGGUCAGUCAAACUUUAAUAAUAUAUUAAAACCAGCGUGAUGUGGGCGCGCAUGGAGUCGUAUAUCAACAUGGACAGAGCUGCGUGAAAAAAGCCACCCGGCCUCUUCGCGUAAACUUAAACUUACCUUAACCACUCGCUCAUCUUUUCUUCAUCCAUCCCUUCGAGUUAGCUUUUAUGAUGACGCCGGCUGGAAAGGUCUCUUUUGGCAAGGUCUUCCUUUUGAAUAUCACCAUGGGUGGAAGUUUCUGGCCAUUAGCAUGGCAAGCUAGAACCACAGUGAAGGAUGACUUCUCAUUCCCUGUGGUGCGAAUAUUCACCGUACGUGCUCCCGUUGUAUCCACAGUGCGGUUCACAGGAAUAUCAGUUGCUGUGAAAUAGUAAUCCGUGUGCGGAUGGAGAGAUUGCGUCUUUUCAUGAACCGGAUCCCUGUCGCUUAGUAGGAGCCAUUUUGUGGUCUUUACAGAUGUAAACACACAAAGGAAAUGAAACGUACGGUAAUAUCCGCACGCUUUUUCUUCUUCUACGCGGGCGGGUGGUUGCUUACAGUAGAAGAAGAAGCGCUUCCUGUUCUAUGGGGGCGGGUGCUUACCUUGGCGGUUGCUUGCGUAGAAGAAGAAGCGCUUCCUGUUCUACCGGGAAAAAAGAUGGCGGCUGUUUACCGAAGUUGCGAGACCGAAACUUUAUGAAAAUGAAUCUUAAUAUUAAUCCAUAUAUAAAGCGCACCGGGUUAUAAGGCGCACUGUCAGCUUUUGAGAAAAUUUGUGGUUUUUAGGUGCGCCUUAUAGUGCGGAAAAUACGGUAAUUCAAAAAAGUCGUACUUUGUCUAAUCCCUGAGCAUUGUGUAAAUUGACAUUAUUUUAUCUCACCGUUGUAGCACAUCCCGAGCGGAGUACACAUUAAAGACGCAGUACCCGGGCUGACCGACGUACAGCGGUAAUGAGCCGCACACUGCCGGAAAAUAAAACGAAGAAGAAGCAAGGCUAGCUGUUAGCCUACCUGCUAACUCCAUUGAGGCUGUACUUACAUUCCAACAUAUUCUAAUUUACAUUUAUAUUGUGAUAAAACAUGAUGUAAACACACGCGUUUUCCACAUUUCUACCGCUUACUGUCAACCUCUAUGACUAAACUCCGCCUAACUUUGAACGACGCGCUGUUUCCAACCCCGAGCCUAUGUUUGUUAUUCUUCCGCCUUCUUCCUGAUUGGCUGGCGUCGUUACACGUGACAAUCACAAACCAGGCUCCGACCCCCGUGUAGUUGUAAACCUGGAACGUGUUUAUUAACAUACAUUUUGUUUGUUCUCGGAGCAGAUAAUAGCAUAAUCUUUUAAAAGAAUUUCAAUAUCUUUAUGCGUGCACCCCACUUUAGUUUAGCUGCAUAUUUUUUUUUGCAGCGUUUUACCUUUUAAGAUUAAAAAAAGUACCAGACUGCAAAAUAAAUCCUUUGCAGAGUUUACAACUAGAAACUCCAAAUACGGUGUCUUCUAAAAGUAUGUUACUGAAAACCCUAACCAUAACGCUGAAUGCCUAUUUACUUUCAAGCAUGCAAAAUAUGCAAAGAAAAAAGUUUUGUCUUCACACUAUUCAAUUAGAAAGCUUUGUAUAUCUUUAAACCACAGUCACUAUGCCAGGGGUCGGCAACCCAAAAUGUUGAAAGAGCCUUAUUGGACCAAAAAUACAAAAACAAAUCUGUCUGGAGCCGCAAAAAAUGAAAAGCCAUAUUACAUACAGAUAGUGUGUCGUGAGAUAUAAAUUGAAUUAAUAUGACUUAAAGGAAACUAAAUGACCUCUAAUAUAGCGACAAAUGAGGCAUAUUUAUGCAAUAUGUACAUAUAGCUAGCCUAAAUAGCAUGUUAGCAUCGAUUAGCUCGCAGUCAUGCAGUGACCAAAUAUGUCUGAUUAGCACUCCACACAAGUCAAUAACAAAACUCCAAAACUCACCUUUGUGGAUUCAUGCACAACGUUAAAAGUUUGGUGGACAACAUGAGACAGAAAAAGAAGUGGCAUAAAACACAUCCUAGAAAGUUAUACAUGUAAACAAACUAAGGUGAGUUCAAGGACUGCCAAAAUUAGUAGGACAAAACGGCGCUCGCCAAAUACUCGAAUCAGUGAAGCAUGUUUAAUAUAAACAGUGUGCUUUAUAACAAUUAGGGAGGUUUGUGUCAUGUUUGUCCUCCUACAGAAACCAUAUUAAAACAAAAUUUAUUAUUUUUUCCCCUCAACUUUUUCCAUUUUUCAUACAUUUUUGAAAAAGCUCCAGAGAGCCACUAGGGCGGCGCUAAAGAGCCGCAUGCGGCUCUAGAGCCGCGGGUUGCCGACCCCUGCACUAUGCGAUCACCAAAUGCUGCAUUUGAGACGACUGGGAAAUCGAAAAUAAUCUGAGUGAAGUUUUUAAAGUCCGAUUUAAACAAAAAACAAACAAGUAAAGCUAGUUUUUGGUUUAAUUGUAAAUACAAUAUAGGAUAAAUACAUAAUCCUCAAAACAAAUUUUAUAUAUAUAUAUAUAUAUAUAUAUAUAU